AUUUUUUUCUCAGAAAUUGAGUGUUUCCUUUCGAAACCAAUUUUUCUCUGCUCUGUUUUUCUUUUUUUUUUUCCCCAAAUUUUCAGUGGCGAUGCCGCUUCCGUGGAAGAAGAUGAGGGCGAAUCGGAUUUCCCAAUUCGUCGCCGAUCUCCAGUCGCCGAAGCGCGGCGGUUCGCUCGUCGUGCAGACCGGGUUUCCCACCUCUCUCAUUGACCUCUUCGUCAAGAACCGCGAUCACUUAAAGAAACCGUCGAAAAAGAAUAAGAACAAGAGCAAGAAGAGAGAGAGUCGGGUCGAGGACCGGGUCGAGGACCGGGUCGACGAUCGGAUCACUCUGAAUUGUGAACUGGGUUCGGGCGAUUUGCCGAUUUUGGUGAAACCCAGUUCGCCAAAGGUCGAGAAUUUGAAGCCCAGAGAAGCCGAUCACGGCGUUGAAGCUACUGGGAUUGAAAAUCGUAAGAAGAAUUUUGUUGUUGGCGGUGAGGAUUGCAUCGGUGGCAAUUGGGGGCCGGUUCUGACGGCGGUGAUGAAGAUGUUUGUGGUGGUGGUUUUGGCUCUGAGCACCAAGAAGCUCGUCGUUGGGGUCACAUUGUCUGCUUUUCUGCUUCUGCUUCUCGAAUACGCCGGUAAGCACUUGGCUUUGUUCUUGAAACCAUGUUCGAAUGCGAAAUCUGUGAUGGGUCAGAGAUUGUCUGCGUUUUUAUUGUUUUUGAAUGGUUUCGAGAGUGAUGAUUUGAAGGGAGUGAUUGCAAGAGAAAGGACUGUGUUUUUAGAUUCUGCCAUUGAAGAGAUUGAGAUUGUUGAUGCUAACAAGAAGGGAAGAUUGAUUGAGUUGCUCCGUAUAGAUUGUGAGAAGGAAAAGGCGGCAGAGAAGGGAAGUGUUUGCGUUGAUAAAACUUCCGGCGAAAAAAGUAUGGUUGACUUGCUUGGGAUGGAAUGUAAGAAGAAGAAGCUGGUGGAUAAGAGAAGGGUUUGUGCUGAUAAGACUGUCGAGGAUAUGUCAUUGGUUAAGUUAUUGGGGAAGGAUUAUAAGAAGAUAAAGCUCGUGGAGGGUGGCGAAGAUGGAGGUGAAUUUGUUGGGGAUAAGAAGAGUAAGGGUAGCAAGAAUGCUAAGAUUAAAGCUAAACUUAUCAAGAAAUUUGUGCCUAAGAAGUUGCGUCGAAAGGGUAAGCCAAACGAGCAGGAGCUGGAGCCUGUGCUGUACGGUGGAGAUUCUAGUUUCCUUGGAGUUGAUAAGGUAGAGGGAUGUGAAGCACAAGAAGACCAUGAAGAUGUGAAUGAGGAUGAACAAGAAAGCGAAAACAUAUCAGUGUUUUCACUAGAUGCAGAAGAGAAGUCUGAAAUCCAAGGAUUGGAUAGAGUUUCAUUGGCUGGCGAAGAAACACCGUUGGUUGUUAAAAAGAAGGGAAGAGAAGGAAAAGAAGGGAAUUUCGGGUAUCUGUUUCUCUUCCUAAUUGUUCUUGCCGGACUUUUUGGAGGUCGGCUUGUAGCCCUUUUGCUUACAGUCACUUUCUGUUUUUUGUCGAAAUUGAUUGGAACUCUGAGGAGACUGGUAAAAUUAUGUCCAUGACAAGGUGUUCUGUCCCAGUCUCAAGUUAGACUGUCUUGUUUUGCUUCAGAUAUAGUUUUCUUCAGGUCUCGAAUUGUAGUCUGAAUGUGAAAACCACUGUGUGAUAGAAAGAAAUUCCAACCUUUUCGUUGGCAACCCAGCUUGAUGUGUUGUACUCAAAACUGUAAAAUUGUUGCAGAUACAAAUAUUUAGUGCAUAGUUCUUGUUUCAUUUUA